GCUGCUUGAGUCGAUCGGUGGAAGAUUUUUGAAAAAACGUACAAGAUGAACUACUACAUUCCAAUCCAGGAAAAUGGAGCUCAUGAUAAACCAAAAUCACAGCCGCGCCAUACUCCCCGCAUCCUGAGAAGGAGAUUUGCUUUGACUACUACAGGGUACAAGUACUUGAAAAUGGGGAUCAGCGUGGGGUCUGAGCCUUUUGUGGAGAUGAUUCUUGGCGACAACAAGGGAAAUCAGCUAAUUUUGCCAUAUAUAACAUGGCAAAUAUUCAUUGAGAGACGUAUGGAUAUCGAGCGACUCGUGCGGCCAAAUGAUUGUAAGUCUUCCUCGAAACUUACGAUUCAUGAUCUAGUUGUAGAAAUUGUAAAAAUAUGCGAUGGAAAUAUUGUAAAGUUGACAUUAUAUAACACCUGUAUAUAUAUGAAACCAUCAACUGUACAAUUUUUACUUAAUCUCGAACACUGCGUUGAAUCUGUAUAUAAUCAAUUAUAUCAAAAUACUUAUAGUGUAAGCAAUAAAUAUAAGAAGUUUAUUACUAUUUUGCGUCAAAAUUAUGUUACUAAUAAGUAUGAUGCUAUAAAAAUGUUGAAUGAAAAUUACGAUAAAACUUGUAUCAUAGAAUGCGAACUGGUGAUUUAUGCAUCCGACAAUAUUGUAUAUGAUGCUUUACAUAAUUAAUAAAUAAAUAU